AUGUCGUCCGAGGUGGCGAAGGUGGCGGUGCCAGAGUCGGUGCUCCGCAAGCAGAAGCGCGAGGAGCAGUGGGCCGUCGAGAAGAAGGAGAAGGCCCUGGCCGAGAAGAAGAAGUCCAUCAAGAGCCGCAAGCUCAUCUUCACUCGCGCGAAGCAGUACGCCAAGGAGUACGAUGCCCAGGAGAAGGAGCUGGUGCAGCUUAAGCGUGAGGCCCGUUUGAAGGGUGGAUUCUAUGUCAGCCCUGAGGUAAAGCUGCUGUUUGUGGUCCGCAUCCGGGGUAUCAAUGCCAUGCACCCUAAGAUCAGGAAGAUCUUGCAGCUUCUGCGUUUGAGGCAGAUCUUCAAUGGUGUGUUCCUGAAGGUCAACAAGGCUACCAUUAACAUGCUUCGCAGGGUUGAGCCAUAUGCCGCAUAUGGGUAAGUAUGCUGAU